ACCUGACAGCUCUGUCAGCAGCCACGUGACGGUGUUGUCCAUCCACGCAGAUGUGAGGCAAAAGCGGCAAAUUUUCUCUCUCUCGCUCCAGGAAACAAUCAGAUUUCUUCAGCAACCGAGGCGACUUUUAAGGGAUCCUCAGCCAUGGAUAAAUUAAAAUCGGUUUUAAGUGGUGAAGAGGCGCGCAGAGAUGACCGAACCAUUUUAGAGACUGUCAACGAAGCCUCGACUUUAGGUUGGGGAACACGUGUGAAGGGAUUCAUCGCCUGUUUCGUGGUGGGCGGCGCGUGCACAGUUUUGGGAGUGUGUUUGCUCUUCAUCCCCAGGAUUGGAAUCACUCUCUUCAUAGUUUUUUACACUUUUGGAAACAUAUGUACCCUGGGAAGUACCAUGUUUCUGAUGGGGCCAAUGAAGCAGUUGAAAAGGAUGUGUGAUAAAACAAGAGCGCUGGCCACCACAAUAAUGAUCACUUGCCUUGUGUUGACUCUCUGCGCAGCCUUCUGGUGGAAGAACAUAGGACUUGCUUUGUUAUUUGUCAUCUUGCAAGUCUUGUCAUUUGCCUGGUACAGUCUGUCAUACAUCCCAUUUGUGAGGGAGGCAAUAAUGAAGGUAGUGGCAGUCUGCUUGAAGUGAGGUAGAGGCUAAGUAUUUGUAUUGAGGGGUCCGGCUGGAUGAAGUGUUUUUUUAAAGGGGCAGGUCUCUGAAGCUACUGAAACAGCCGCCUCGUGGAUCUGCUUCAGGGGUGAACAAGACACAUGCAUUAUCUCCAAAGAUUUUUCUUUUUCUUGUUAAUGAUUCAUUCAUUGAGAUGAUUGAUUUUAAGUAGCCUGUUGAUGACUUAUACCAAUUUUAAAUGAGUGUGGGCUUGAUAUGUAAUAUGUCUAAAUAUUUGUAAUAAAUUAAUGUUCUAUGUA